UUCUGUGUUUCUUGCUUAUAUAGUAGUAAUACAAAAGGCAGCUACUAAUUUUCCUCUCAUCAUCAUCAUCUUCUUCUUCUUCUUCUUAUUUUUCUUCUUUAUUCUAGUUUCUAUAUAUAUGUACGUAUAUAUAAAUUAAAAUAUAUAGUUUUUAUCUUAAUUUCUUCCAAACAAAUGGAAAAUUACUCAUCAUUCUUUCAACUUUCUUCUUCAUCAUCAGAGACAGCAUCAGCAGCUAGUUGUUCAUCUAUGUCACUCAACACCGGCAGUUCCGUAAACGGGUUCUUGGGUCUGAUGCAAGAAAUGGAAGCUCCGAUAACUGAAAAUAAAAGAUUUGUCGGGUCUGAAAAUGGCGUAGAAAAAAUAGAUUUCGGAAAGAAUAAAGGAUCGAAGAAGAUUAAAAAGGAAAAAUAUGCUUUUCAAACGAGGAGUCAAGUUGAUAUUCUUGACGAUGGAUAUAGAUGGAGAAAAUAUGGACAAAAGGCCGUCAAGAACAAUAAAUUUCCCAGAAGCUACUAUCGGUGUACACAUGAAGGAUGCAAUGUGAAAAAACAAGUUCAAAGAUUGAGUGGAGAUGAAGGCAUUGUUGUGACCACUUAUGAAGGAAUCCAUUCCCAUGCUAUUCAAAAAUCUACUGAUAAUUUUGAGCAUAUCCUGACCCAAAUGCAAAUUUAUUCUUCAGUUUAACACUUCAUUUUCUCAUUGUACAUUGUUUUAUCUACUUUUACAACUUUAAAACUUUAAAACUUCAAAUAAGUAUAUUUUCAAUAUUUUAGCAAAAUUUGGUGUCAAUUAUUUCUAAUCACCAUUUUUUCCAAGUGAUAUGUAAUUAACAUCUAUUGCAAAAAGCAUAAUAAUGAGUCUUAUCAUUUUGUUAAA